AUGGGAGAUCUGCUCUACACCAAAGAGGUACAGGACUACAUGGCACUAUAAUAUAGUGUUUGUACACUCUUCUCUUACCUCACCUCUUUCCACUCUGAGAUGUUGUUUCUUGUCUUUAAUGUGCUCACCUGUAUCCCCUCCCCCAGGGUGUGCCUGUGCUCAUCGUGGGACACGACAUCCUCUAUGGGAAGGUGGUCAAACUGGAGAAUGUGUUGAUAUGCCAUUUGUACUGUGGUUAUUUUCAGAUGGGAAAGAAAUCAGCACAACAGUGGAAUGAGACUGUUUUUAUUCAGAUACAAAACAUAUGGUUUUUCAACCGCUGUACAAGU